CCAAUGAACAUGCAGCAUCACACACAUCUUACCUUCCCCAAUCAAAAGGAAAAACAGAAACUCAUAAAACCACAUGACACGUGUGCAUUGUAAGCAGACUUUAGUGGGUUGAGACUUGAGAGGAAGAAGCGCCUUUGAUGGUGAUGAUGGUUCGUUCUCUAAUGGCGACAGCAGCACCAAAUUCGUCGGCCGCUGCCAUUAGCAUUAGCAACGGCGGUAAUCACAAUGCUGCUGCGGCUACUCCACCGCUGCCCUCACAAUCACAAGUGGUAGUACCUCAGUCGUCCCGCCACAGCUCGAUCACUCGUAGGUCUAUGGGCUUGAGUUUGAUGGGUGGGCUAGUGGGCCUGAAGUUUGUUUUGCCGGAGGGAGCCGAUGCUGCGGCGAGAAGGCCUCCGCCGUCGCCGCCGGCGGAGAAGAAGGACCCGAACAUCAGCGGCGUCCAAGCGAAAAUAUUGGCUAGCAAGAAGCGAAAGGAAGCCAUGAAGGAUUUGGUGUCGAAGUUGAGAGAGCAAGGAAAAGGCUUAGAAUAGAAGAGAGCCUAAUUAUAACUGGAUUUUGUACAACUUCCAUCAUUUGUUAUCGGGUUAUUGAUGAUUACCUAGCUACAUAUAUAUAUAUAUAAGAGACUAUUGAGUAUGCAUUUUACAAUCGAUUCUUUAUAGUGCUUGUUACUCUAUUGCUUUCAAAAUAUGAAAAAAC